AUAAGAUGAAAUACGGAAAAAGAAGAAGAAGAAGAAUAAGAAGUUUUAUGGUGAGACGAAAAUAUUUAAUUAUAUGCGUGGAAUUCUUAAGAGAACGAUAUUCUUACAAUAAUUUAUUCGCAUAACGUAAAGGGGAGAAAAAAAAUAUAUUAACGAAUACGAAUAAAUUGAAUAAAUAGACGAGAUCAAUAAUAAUUAGAACGAAAAAUGUCACUUAUUGAGAAGAACAAUGUUUCAUCUAUCGGUGAUUAUUUGUCUUUGGAAGAUAACGAAUAUAUAGCAUCGGUCGUUCCUUAUUUAUCUGGAUAUACAAAUUUUAUUUCGAAUAAUUUUAAUGAAACGCCUACGACAAUCAUACAAUCAAGUCGAAAGAAUUUGCUCGAACAUUUAAUCGUACCACUAUACGGUAUUAUCUUUUUUCUAUCUAUUGUUGGAAAUUGUUUAGUGUUGAUUACUUUGGCACGAAACAAACGAAUGAGAACGGUGACCAACGUUUAUCUAUUAAAUUUGGCUGUGUCAGAUUUGUUGCUCGGCGUAUUCUGCAUGCCAUUUACUUUAUUGGGACAAAUGUUAAAGAAUUUUGUCUUUGGCUUAACAAUCUGCAAAUUGAUAUCAUAUUUCCAAGUUGUCUCAGUUUCCGUUGGGGUUUGGACACUGGUUGCUAUUUCCUUAGAACGAUAUUUUGCUAUUUGUCGACCAUUAAAGUCACGUCGUUGGCAAACCCAAUUUCAUGCUUAUAAAAUGAUCGUCGUUGUUUGGGUUUUAUGUCUUACAUGGAACGUACCGAUACUUAUUGUUUCACAAAUUCAAAAUAUUACCGGAGGAAGAAGAAAAUGCAGAGAAGUAUGGGCGAGCAUUGGAACAGAACGCGUAUACAAUUUAUUUUCAGACGGAACGUUACUUCUUUUACCUCUAAUCCUUAUGACCAUGGCAUAUUCUUUAAUCGCUAUUAAACUUUGGCGAGGACUUAAGAGAGAGAUGACACAAAAUUUUAAAUGCCAACGCAAACUAAAGAAAAGUGGAGCCACAUCGUCAUCUACUGCGAAUAGUUCAACUAUGAAAAAUAGGAAACAUGAAUCUAAUGUUACGAUAGUUGUCAAGGCGUGUAAUUCAACGAGGGUACGUGUACCGCAACAAACAAGAAUGGAUACCAUGAUGCUAGGUGUUACAAACUGUGAAGAAUCAACCGAAUCAAAGACAGAAAGCGUUUCUCAACUUGGAACCAACAGAAAUUGUCUUUCAUCGAAUAGAAAUUCGAACAAAUCGAAGAACGAGAAUUCCAAAAAUUCCAAUUCUUCUUGCCCGCUAGGUAGACAGCACGUUGUACGAACUAAUCAAAUUAACAAAAGCAUCGAAUCGAAGAAAAAGGUGAUUAGAAUGCUAUUUGUUAUAGUUUUGGAAUUUUUCGUUUGCUGGGCACCUUUGCACGUAGUCAAUACGUGGUACCUAUUCACUCCAGAAUUAGUUUACUCCAUGGUUGGGAGUACUGGAAUCAGUUUGAUACAAUUGUUAGCGUAUAUUUCAAGUUGCUGCAAUCCAAUUACGUAUUGCUUUAUGAACAAAAAAUUUCGUCAAGCAUUUUUUGGCGUCUUUCAUUGUCAUCGUUGCUGGAGAAUAAAAUGGAGAAACAGUGAUGUUCCCAUGUCUACAGGAGGCAAAACCAGAAAAAUUGGCAACAAUAAUGAAUUUAGUGGCAACGAGUCGACCAUGUGUCUAAGGAAAACUUCUUUUUUAGCAAAAACCGAAGUAGUUCAGCUUUUAGAAGAAAAAGAUCGGGCCUAACAUCAAGCGAUCAAAUAACAGGGCAAAGAAAGAAUGAGAUGUUUUCAAACGGGUACCAACUAAAACAAAGAAUUUUUUUCGAAAAUAGGAGACAACGUUGAAAGGAAAUACUCGUAGAACGAAUAAAAACAAACCGUUGAAUUUCGUGCUACGAAAUGUUUUGCUGAGCAUGGUCAUUCUGUACGAACAAUCUCCGAUUUUUUUGACUGAAAACUUUGAUAUCAGCAAAUAAUUGAGAACAUACUUUUCGUAGAGUAUUAAAAGGUUCACACCUUUCUUCACAAAGAAAAUAAUAUAAUAUAAAUAAAAAAAUAAUAAUAAAAUAUGUGUUUGUCACGUGGGUAGUAAUAAUAUUGUAUAUCGUAUUUUAAAUAUUUUCUUUUUUGUCGAUUUUACGAUUAACAAAUUUUGCAUCAAUUUUGUAUUAGAAUUUAGAACAUUAAACACGAAA